AUGGACUCCCAGCAGUACUUCGGGCAGACCCAGCCAACGGACCAACCCACCACCCGGUCCAUCUUCCCCAGAGGUCCCGUGUUCAACCUCGAGGAUUUCUCGAACCGCGACUUCAUAGCAAAAGACUUUAUCGAGGCCCUGACCGAGAGCACGCACGUUUCGCAUCGACGGUCACAAGGUGACACUUCGAUCACUUUCGAUCCUAAACCUCUUAUUCGCACUUUUGAGCAGGCCUCAAGGCGUCUCAACGAGCUUUCGGCCGAACUCGAGCAGCGUGAAAAUGAACUGUCGGGCGCGGUCAGAAUAGCAGAGGCUCAACAUGCAAACAACACAGAAACUCUGGGAAGGAAGCUGAACCAGACCAUCGAAAGCUUUCAAAAGUUGGACACGUCUCUGAAAUCCGAGAGGGGAGAGAAAUGGGGUGGCAACGUUGCUGUCGAGACAGGACGUCGGUUAGAAGAGCUGGAUCGACAGAGAAGGAGGGCGCUAGAUGCACAUUUCCUAAUCGAAUGUUGGGACGAGGUUAGCCACAGAGGAGAAGUCACCCUCCUGGAGAACCUGCGGAGGUCUGGCACCGGAGAGGGAAAGAUUAGGGCGGCCAGCAUUGCUCGACAGUUGUUGAGAAUAAGCCAGAGACUAGAUUCCAAAAGCCAGGCGCAACCAAAUGGGGUCUCACAGUCAGGGCCCGUCACCAACGGAGUCACGGGGAGUCGCAAUUUCGACACCAGAGAAGUCAUCGAGAAGUUCAUCGAGACCUUGGAGAAUGACAUGCUCAAGCUUUUCGACGACUUCUACCGUCGACAAAACUUUGAGGAGAUGAAGAAUUGCGCCAUUGUCUUGCAAGAUUUCAAUGGCGGCGCUUCAGUCCAAGCCGCCUUCGUCAACCAACAUCAGUUCUUCAUCGACAGAAGCAACUUGGUGACGGAGGAGGUCGGCGGAGAUCAGGAGACGUGGGUGAGAUUGUCAGAUCCCGAUGCCGACUUGCCUGGUGUCGAGCCCGGUCUGCAAUCGUUGAUCGACGAUGUCCGAGUCACCGUGCAAGAGGAGUCUGGAACCAUCCGGAGAGCGUUCCCCUAUCCCGAACAGGUGUUGGGCAAAUUCGUGCAGAGAGUCUUCCAACAAUCCAUCCAACAAAGACUGGAACUUGUCCUGGAGAAAGCAGAGUCGGAAUCCACCCUGGCAUACCUCCGAUCUCUGCAAGCUGCACGAAACUACAUUAGCGCUUUGGUAGAAGAACUCAAAGCGCACGGUCUAACAGAACACCCAGAGACGGUGACUUCUCAGACGAGCCUGCUCCUCGACCAGCAGCUCGAGGAGCUGUUCACGCCGUACGUGGGCGGGGCGGCAUACAUCGACAAAGAAAAGCACAACCUCCAAGAACUCUACAAAUCCCUACUGUUCAAAUUCCAGCUCUUCCACUCGCGACGACAAAAGGAACCCAGGACGUACCUCGCAUCUCUCCGAAACCGCGGCCAAGAGCUCCUCGCAUCGGCUCGAGAAGCCACCGACGCCUACGUUAAAAGCCUAGACUUGGAAAAGAUGUCGCCGACACAGAAACGGAUCCUCCUCUCCGUGGCCGGUCUUAAGAACACCGACAAGGCGCAACCCGACGUCCUCGAAUUUUCCGAAGAAGACGGCCGUCUCGACGUUGGCGCGGCGAAGCGGAUGCUCAAAUGGCUCGCCGAGGGCGUGCGGCGAGGUCUCGAACUCGGCGGCGGUGCCGAGACGCCCAAAGACGUCGCGGCGCUGCUGAACUUGAUCCUCAAGAACCUGCUCGAGUCGUACGUCGAAGUCGCGCUGGAAGCGGCCGCCGACGCCGCGUCGACCGCCGAGAACGCCAAAAGAGACCAGCCCGACCUGUCGUACCUGGGCAACCUGCGCAGCGCGGUCCACAUCACCCAUCUCGUGCAGAGCUGCGUGACCACGCUCCUCACUCCGCUGGCGAGCACCAGCCUCACGACGCGGCGGGAGAUGGAAAAGAGCGUGCGCGCCGCCGUGUCGCGCAUCGAAGACCAGAUCAACACCAUCGACCAGCAGACCAUCGACGGCGUGCUCAACUGGUCCGCGCGCCUCCUCACGAACCAGAACCGGGCCGACUUCCGGCCCCGCGCCGAGACGGAAGUGGUGUCCCUCGAGCAGGCGCAGACCCCGACGUGCGACGGCGUGUGCCGGUUUCUGGACAUGUUCCACGAGACGGCGUCGCGGUCGUUCGACGGGGCGAACCUCGACGCCCUCCUCACCGAGGUCGCGGUCGGGUUCCGCGCCCAGCUCCUGCAGCACUUCACGAAGUACCAGGUCAACCGGAUCGGAGGGGUCAUGCUGGCCCGCGACAUGAGCCGGUACGUGCAGCUUCUGAGGUCGUGGGACCUGGACGACUCGUUCACGGCGAGCCUCGAGGUCUUGACCGAGCUCGCGAGCGUCUUCGUCUUGCUCCCCGACGCUCUCAAGGAGAGACUCAGAGGGCCGGUGUUGGGGAACCUGGGCAAAGAGAACCUGAGGCCCUACCUGUUGAAGCGGGACGACUAUCUCGAAGUCGGCAUGCAGAGUUUGUUGAAUUCGUUGUAA